CUUCCAGAAUAUCUCAGUGGUGUCAGGUAUCCGCCUGUCCACUGAUCGUAAGAUGAAGAUUCUUUACGGAGGCAUCGUGUUAUUGGCGCUGAUUAAUAUCUUCGCAACGAAGGUAGCAGCUAAUCCUCAUGGCCACAAUAUAAAAGUGGUGCGACAUUCCGUUAACGAUGAAGACCAACAACAACAAGUUAAAGUGGUAAAACAGGAACAAAGCGAAGUACAAACACAACAACAAGAAGUACGCACAGAACAACAAGAAACACAAGAAGUACACACAGAACAACAAGAAACACAAGACGUACGCACAGAACAACAACAACAAAGUCAAGAAGUACGCACAGAACAACACCAACAAAGUCAAGACGUACGCACAGAACAACACCAACAAAGUCAAGAAGUACGCACAGAACAACACCAACAAAGCCAAGAAGUACGCACAGAACAACAACAACAAAGUCAAGAAGUACGCACAGAACAACAACAACAAAGUCAAGAAUUACGCACAGAACAACACCAACAAAGUCAAGAAUUACGCACAGAACAACACCAACAAAGCCAAGAAGUACGCACAGAACAACACCAACAAAGUCAAGAAUUACGCACAGAACAACAACAACAAAGUCAAGAAGUACGCACAGAACAACACCAACAAAGUCAAGAAUUACGCACAGAACAACACCAACAAAGUCAAGACGUACGCACAGAACAACACCAACAAAGUCAAGAAUUACGCACAGAACAACACCAACAAAGUCAAGAAGUACGCACAGAACAACACCAACAAAGUCAAGAAGUACGCACAGAACAACACCAACAAAGUCAAGAAGUACGCACAGAACAACACCAACAAAGUCAAGAAUUACGCACAGAACAACACCAACAAAGCCAAGAAUUACGCACAGAACAACACCAACAAAGUCAAGACGUACACAAACAACAAGGUAAACUUUAUUUUAAAGGUAGAAGAAGAACGAAGAAUAUUGAUGUGUGA